UGCUGUGAGGGAAAAGAAAGAAGUCUGCGUCUUGUUGGCUUUUAUUCACAGCUCGGCCUUUGGAGGACGUGGUCAGUGGUCAGAAGGCCCAGGCCCACGGAGAGAAGGGUACCAUGGCUGCUGUGGACAGCUUCUACCUCUUGUACAGAGAAAUUGCCAGGUCUUGCAAUUGCUACAUGGAAGCCCUGGCAUUGGUGGGAGCCUGGUACACGGCUAGGAAAAGCAUCACCGUCAUCUGUGACUUCUACAGCCUGGUCAGGCUGCACUUCAUCCCACGCCUGGGCAGCAGGGCAGACCUGAUCAAGCAGUACGGAAGAUGGGCUGUCGUCAGCGGUGCAGCAGAUGGAAUCGGAAAAGCCUAUGCAGAAGAAUUAGCGAGCCAAGGUCUCAACAUUAUCCUCAUUAGUGGGAACAAAGAGAAGGUGCAGACUGUUGCCAAGGAUAUAGCCGACACCUACAAAGUGGAAACUGAUGUUAUAGUGGCAGACUUCAGCCGAGGACGAGAGAUCUAUGUUCCCAUUCGAGAAGCCCUGAAAGACAGGGACGUUGGCAUCUUGGUAAAUGACGUGGGCGUGUCCUACCCCUACCCGCAGUAUUUUGCUCAGGUCUCAGAGGACAAGCUCUGGGACAUCAUAAAUGUCAACAUUGCUGCUGCUAGUUUGCUGGUCCACAUGGUGUUGCCAGGAAUGGUGGAGAGGAAGAGGGGCGCCAUCGUUACCAUCUCGUCUGGCUCUUGCUGUAAACCUACUCCACAGCUGGCUGCGUUUUCUGCAUCGAAGGCUUACUUAGACCACUUCAGCAGAGCCUUGCAGUAUGAGUAUGCUUCUAAGGGAAUCUUUGUACAGAGUCUAAUUCCUUUCUACGUAGCCACCAACGUGGCUACACCUGGCAGCUUUCUGCACCGAUGCCCAUGGCUGGUGCCUUCACCUAAGGUAUACGCACAUCAUGCAGUUUCUACUCUGGGGAUUUCGAAGAGGACCACGGGAUACUGGUCCCAUUCCAUUCAGUUUCUCUUUGCACAGUACAUGCCCGAAUGGCUGUGGGUAUGGGGUGCAAACCUGCUCCACCGAUCCUUACGUAAGCAGGCCUUGUCCUGCAUGGCCUGAGCCUGCGCUGGGAGCCUGCAGUGUUCCCACGUUUGGAGAAACACAUAUAACUUCUGUGCUGUAUUUUCUUUCAUUGCUGAUUAUCUGGCACACUGAUUCCUCAUUUGCAAAGCAGACUUUGAGAGUGCUGUGAAAAGCUCUUGGGCCACAGGUGUGGCACAGAGCGCAGUGCCAGCCGCCCGGGCUGGGAGCUGGGGAGGGGCCUCAGUGUGGCUUGCCUCCCACUGCCCCGCAGUAGUGUGACUCACGUCUGUCCAUGGUGUGUGUCAUCAUGUUGUCGUCUUCAUAAGAGCCCCAGCAACCUAACCCCAUGUCACCUGGUGGCGCCUACCGCUGCUGCUGUUGCUUUUUAAGGGAGUUACUUACUUUCUCCUGGUAGACGACUGUGGGAUUAGUUUUCAGAAGUUCACUAGGAAGACCAUUGCAAAGCAGAGGGCCACAGUGUGGAAGCUUAUGUGGCGCCAGGGCAGCAGCUGUGGUGGGUGUGUGGAGAUGCUGCCCUUCCCUGAGGGCCCAGAGGACCACGUGUGCUGUGUGCAUUAUGUUUCUGAGCAGCUUUAUUUAUGGUUGUGUUUUAAAGUGAGGACGUGUCCAGAUGACAUAAGUGGAACCUUCCAGGGUAUGAGAAGUCUGUCCUCCUCUUGGUCCUAUAAACCAGCCCCCAGCCUGUGCUGUAGGUUACCAUGUCUCACCCUGCUCCUCUACAGUGCUGUCUUUGUUCCUAGAUUUGGUCUGCAUCAGGUAACCCUCAGUCAGCUUUUGAUUAUUGUGGAUAAGUAGUGACUUCCCAGUGUGACAUCCACCCCUCAGAGCUUGUUCUGUCUGAUUUUCAAACACUUUUCUAUGUAGUCUUACUGCAUUCCCCUGAUGUCAUGGGUGUAAACAUCAAGUAUUUAUGGAGUUGUAGUUAAAAUAUGGACACAUUAUGUGUGUGAUACAAUGUAUUGUAUCUGUUAGAUAGUAAUUUAGAAGCUCACUUUUGGCCUCUGUAGUGGCCUUGUGCAUUACAUAGUGAAUGCUUUUAUUGGUGUGAAGACAAAUGGCGGGGUGCAGCCUCCCACUGUACAGGUUAGUUUUGGACCUACUGUGAGAUGGCUUUAGUUCAGAUCUUAGGAAGCCCGUAGUCCUCAAGGGCCACGCUCCUAGUGUCAUGUCUAUGCAAACAUGGCAGAAGGUGCAGAUUUAAAACUCAGAGGUUACUACUGUGAUGCCAAUGCUGGGAUAUAAUAUUGUGAUACGUAGUAAUAAUACAAUACUGUGAUGUGAAAGCUGGGAACUUGGUUGGCAGUGGGGACUGGUAGAGCUAUGUGGGUGUUCUGUCAGCGGUGAGGUGGCCUAUGUGCUUUUAAACUCUUGGGCCUGCAACCUUGCCCAUAGCAUCUCCAGCUGAGACAUGGACCUGGAAGGUGUUGCUGCUGAAGUUCUGAAGUUCUGUCACUCCUAAAUCAUGUGUUCAAAGAUGUGAAAACGAUGCUUGAAGAUACUGUAUGGCAGCAAAGGAUUCAGCACAGAUGACUCAAAUUCCUCUUCUUGUUGCAUGGAUGAGAACAUUGUUGAUGUGAAAUAAGUACCAGCAACUUGGUGUAAAAACUGUAGGCUGGGUGUGGUGGUGCAUGCCUGUGACUCCAGCACUCUGGAUGGUGAGGUAGGAUCUAGAGUUCUAGGACAGCCUAGACUCGCAGAUCUGGUGCCAGUCAUGUGUAAAGUUCUGUGGUGUGGUAGGAAGU